GCCCGUGGGGAGCGGGUCGGGCAGGCAGAGGCUGCGGGAACGGCCGCGGUUCCAGCCCCAGCCCCAUCCCCGGGGACAAAGCGCGGUCCCGGGGGCUCCGAGCGAUGCCCUGCUCUCUGCUAACUUGUUCUCUCUCGUUUCCCCGUGGCCGCCCCGCAGAGCGCCGGGUUAUGGUGGCACCGGGCUGAGCGCCGGGACGCGCCGAGGCGGCAGCGGGGGCCGAGCCCGGAGCCAUGGAGGGGCCCGGCCAGGAGGCCUACGAGGAGGGGUUGAGGAGGACCCUGGACCCCGAAGGCUACGAGGACCCCGGCCUGAAGAGCUCUCACCUGUCGCUGGGCGAGAUGAGCAGGGCCGGCGCUGGCAUCGGGUCCCCCCUGCAGGCGUGGAGGGCCAGGGCCGAGGAGAUGAAACCCCUGCGCCAGUUUUUGCCCGGCCGCCGGGGAUUUUAUGACCUGGACGGGAAGAGGCGCUCGGCCGGGGCCCCCCCGGGACACCCCAGCCGUGGCGAAGGGCAGCCUGUGUCAGUGAACGAUGUGGAACUGGAGGCAACGGGGAGCAGGAGGCUCCUGUCCCAGCAGGGCACACACGAGGGAUACGUGGAGCUGCACGAGUUGGUGCUGGACAACGCGAAGGACUUGUGCUGGAUGGAGGCCGGCCACUGGCUCAAGCUGGAGGAGGACUUCCAGGAAUCGGGGGACUGGAGCCAGCCCCAUCUCUCCUUCCUGACCUACCACAGCCUCCUGGAGAUCCGCCGGGCUCUGAACAAAGGUGCCAUCCUCCUGGGUGUGGAGGCCACCUCGCUGCCGGCCAUCGUCCACAUCCUCCUGGACCAGCUCAUCUACGAGGGGCAGCUGAAGCCGCAGGACAGGGACGAUGCCAUGAGGACGCUGCUGCUGCGCCACAGCCACCCCACCGAGGAUGAGUCCGUGUGGACGAUGCCGCCGGCGCUGGUGCAGCGCUCGGGCACCAGCAGGACGGACGUGGAGCAGCCACUGCUGCGGGAGCAGCGGCCCGUGGAGAUAAGCAGGAUCGCAGGGAAGGAGCAGAGCGGGGUCCCCAAGCCCCAACUCCUGGAGACAAUCCCAGAGGGAGCCGAGGCCACCCUGGUGCUCGUGGGCUGUGCAGCCUUCCUGGAGCAGCCAGUGCUGGCCUUUGUGCGCCUGAAGGACGCGGUGACACUGGACGGUGUCCUCGACGUGUCCGUCCCCGUCCGCUUCCUGGUGGUGGUCCUGGGGCCCGACACCCCCCAGAUCAGCUACCACGAGAUCGGCCGUGCCAUCGCCACCAUGAUGUCCGAGAGGGUGUUCCGCCGGGACGCGUACCUGGCCGAGGCGCGGCAGGACCUGGUGCGGGGCGUGGAGGAUUUCCUGGACUCCAGCAUCGUCCUGCCGCCCAGCGAGCCCCCGAACGAGCAGCUGCUCCGCGCCCUGGUGCCGCUGCAGCAGGAGCUGCUCCGACGGCGCUACCAACCCCUCGAGAGGCUGCACCUCGGGGACUUCCCAAAAGAUCUGGGGCUGGACGAGGCGCCGGAGGACGAUGACCCCCUGCGCAGGACGGGGCGGCCUUUCGGGGGGCUGGUGCGGGACAUCCGCCGCCGCUACCCCAAAUAUCUCAGCGACAUCAAGGACGCGCUGAACCCCCAGUGCCUGGCCGCCGUCAUCUUCAUCUACUUCGCGGCGCUGUCCCCCGCGAUCACCUUCGGGGGCUUGCUGAGUGAGAAGACCAACCAGAUGAUGGGGGUGUCGGAGCUGCUCAUCUCGACCUGCGUGCAGUGCGUGCUCUUCAGCCUCCUCAGCGCCCAGCCCCUCCUCGUCGUCGGAUUCUCGGGACCCCUCCUCGUCUUUGAGGAAGCUUUUUACUCGUUCUGCAGCAGCAAUGGCUUGGAGUACAUCGUGGGACGGGUCUGGAUUGGCUUCUGGAUGAUCCUGCUGGUGCUGGUGGUGGUGGCCUGCGAGGGCAGCUUCCUGGUGCGCUACCUGUCCCGCUACACCCAGGAGAUCUUCUCCUUCCUCAUCUCCCUCAUCUUCAUCUUUGAGACCUUCUCCAAGCUGGUCACGAUUUUCAAGACCCACCCGCUGCAGAAGACCUAUGGCAGCGCACAGGACGGGCCACAGCCCAACAUGGCCCUGCUGUCCCUCGUCCUCAUGGCCGGCACCUUCUUCCUGGCCUUCUUCCUGCGCCAGUUCAAGAACAGCUCCUUCCUGCCUGGCAAGGUGCGGCGCCUGAUCGGGGAUUUCGGGGUGCCCAUCUCCAUCUUCGUCAUGUCACUGGCUGAUUUCUUCAUCAAGGACACGGAGACCCAGAAACUGAGCGUCCCCAAAGGGCUGCAGGUCACCAACUCGUCUCUCCGGGGCUGGUUUAUCCAUCCCCUGGGGGAGAAGGUCGAAUUCCCCGUCUGGAUGAUGUUUGCCUGCGUGAUUCCUGCCCUUCUCGUCUUCAUCCUCAUCUUCCUCGAGACACAGAUCACCACCCUCAUUGUCAGCAAGCCCGAGAGGAAACUGGUGAAGGGCACCGGCUUCCACCUGGACCUGCUGCUGAUCGUGGCCAUGGGGGGGCUGGCAGCCCUUUUUGGGAUGCCCUGGCUCAGUGCCACCACCGUCCGCACCAUCACCCACGCCAACGCCCUCACCAUCAUGAGCAAGACCUCUGCUCCGGGCGGGAAGCCCCAGAUCCUGGAGGUCAAGGAGCAGCGCAUCAGCGGCCUGCUGGUGGCCGUGCUCAUUGGUGUCUCCAUCCUGAUGGAGCCCAUCCUGAGGUUCAUCCCUCUGGCCGUGCUCUUCGGCAUCUUCCUCUACAUGGGGGUCACCUCCCUGUUCGGCAUCCAGCUCUUCGACCGCAUCCUGCUCCUGCUGAAGCCCCCCAAGUACCACCCUGACGAGCCCUACGUGACACGGGUGAAGACCUGGAGGAUGCACCUGUUCACCUUCACCCAGAUCAUCUUCCUGGUGGUGCUGUGGGUGGUGAAGUCCACCCCAGCCUCGCUGGCGCUGCCCUUCGUGCUCAUCCUCACCGUGCCCCUGCGGCGCUUCCUGCUCCCCAAGAUCUUCCGCGACAUCGAGCUCAGAUGUCUGGACGCAGAUGACGCCGUGGUGACCUUUGACGAGGCCGAGGGGACAGAUGUGUACAACGAGGUGCAGAUGCCCAGUUAAGGCCCCCCCGAUGCCCCCCCAGCCCCGCUUCCAUCGCCACUGCUGCCACCCUGGGGCCACCAAGGACUGGGGACAGUCCCCACCUGCCCACCCUGGGAAUGGAGCUUUUUUUUUUUUUUGUUUUCCCUUUUUUUGGUCUAUUUUAAAAGAUAUUUUGGAUGAUGUGAUCUCACCCCUCCCCACCUUGCUGCCUGCUGGGGAAGGGGCUGCUGGGCUGGGUGAGCUCCAUGAGCCCCCCUCCACCCUCGGGAUGUGUCCCUGUCCUGUCCCCAAGGCCACCAGCUUGGGGAGGAGCCAGAGGAAGACCCCGGAGGCUGGAGGAAGGCAGGGACAGGGACACUGCAGGAUGGGAGCUCCCCCAGCCCAGCCCCUCUCCCCAGAUCAAUUUUCAACACGCUGGGACAGACCCUUGAACUCUGGAGCCCUUUUCCCAUUUCUCCAUCUCCUCCUCCAUGGGGUCAACGCUCAGCUGAGCUCCCAGCACAUCCCAGAGCCAGGAUGUAAAUACCCCAGCAAGGGGGUUUAUACAUUUACAAUGAAAAAAAUCGCGCUAAAAACACACCAAAAAUACCUACAAUUAUGCUGAUGCUUCUGCAGGUAGAGUUCACUUAGAGCCAAGCAAAAAUAAAAAAAAAAAGGCUGAAAAAGCACCUUAAAAAUACCAAAAAAAAAAAAAAAAAAAGGAAAAAAGGAAAAAAUAAGUACUGCAAGGAGUGAUCUGUAUAUUUGAUGCUACUGGGGGGGUUUGUAAUUUAUUUUUCGGGCUGGUUGUGCCCCCGCUGCAGCGGGGCCAUGUGCGUGUGUGUAUAUACUAGAGAAUUAUAGCAAAAUCUAGAAUUUUCUAGAAGAGAUGAUUUUAAAGGAUCCUGGUCAGGGCCUAAACUCUACGGACCAGUCUGGCAGCGUCAUUUAACUGAUAAGUUAGUGUUAAUUAGUUAAUUAGUCCUCUUUAUUUUUAUAGCAUUUCAGGUAAAUCCGUGCAGUUUUUCCUUGGUUUUUCCCUCGCUUGCUCUCCGUGUCCUGCCCCAUUUCCCUUGGGAUUUCUCCCAGCCCAGAGCAUCCCCGAUCCUGCCAGGGCUGAUUCUGCCCCAGGCAGCCCCAAGGGUUGAAUGUGACCAAGGUGCAGAGCGCCAGACCAGGCCCCAAAUUUGUCCCUUUUUGCAAAUAUCAGAGUGAGGGACCCCAAAACCGGCGUGGGUGGGGGGUGGGAAGGGGCAGCAGCCUCGUGUUUGGGUUGGUUUAGUUUUAUUAAUUACGUGUCUGAAAUAAAAAUGUUUUGUUCUUUGGGGGUUUCUCCUUCCCCUUCCCCACACCUCUGUA